CCGCAGCUCCACUAUCGUAUUUGGGGAUUAAUUUUUUUUAGAAUUGGAGCAUGUGAAUUGCAAUUCUAUCGCUUUGGUUUGGACUGGUUUGUGGAAUUGGCCGUUGUACUUGGGCUCGUAAAGUGGCAUUCUUGUUUUGAGUAGAUUCUAGUCUAGAUUUCGGCAUAAACCCAAUAUGCUCUAGCAUCGAGGAAAUGAUGGCUAGACUGGAAGAAUUUGAAAGUUUACUAGUAACUGUCAAAAUUGACUCAAAUUCAAGUAUACAACAAAAUAUUCCUCAAAUCCUUGCUCAAAAAGCUGAAUUUGAUUUACUGUGCCAACGUAUUGACAGCCUGGAAAGAUUUGUAGCAACGGUAAAUGAAAAUCUAAAUACCAUGGAAAAGACGAUAGAAAUUGCCGAGGAAGAACUGAACGUCACAGAUUACAGCAUCAAAGGAUUAUUGAAGCCGCUGUUUAACAAGUCGAAAUCUACGAACAGGCCUAGAAGCAAUUUAGAAAAUGGCGAAUUUAAGACGCCCAUACUUCUAAAGACUUCGGAUUAUUUCAACAGUGAAAGCGAAAGUGUAGACAAGAGCUGAAACUGUUACCGUCAAUUAUUUUGAUAUAUCGUUAAUGCCUUAUAAUAUGCAUGUAAAUAUUAGCAGUGAAGUAGUGUUUUGCAGGACGCAAGAGCCAUGAUCGCAGGGCCUAAAUUAAUUAAGUGCCUUUUUAACAAUUAGAUGUUAGUCGUAAGUAUAAAUUUGUACCAGGAGACGAAUAAAAACUAUGUAUACUCAUUUA